ACUCCACAGACGCAUGGCAAAAUGCAACUACGAAAAAUAAAGAGCUUGUCACCGUGGAUCAGCUGUUCGCCGCGUAUACAUGAUCGCUUGGGAUUACUUGCAAGAAUUAUUAAUCAUUGUUUAAUUGCAACUCAUUUUCGCACAGGACGACAUCGAUGCACAACGUAAUGAAGUCUUUCCGCGAAGCCCUCGCAAACGCCAGCAACAUUCUGAUCCUCACCGGCAGUGGGAUCUCUGCCGAAUCUGGCAUACCGACUUUCCGGGGUGUUGGUGGUUUUUGGCGUAAAUACCAGGCGCAGAGUCUCGCGACGCCGGAGGCUUUUACGGCAAAUCCUUCACUAGUCUGGGAAUUCUAUGAAUAUCGUAGACAGUUAGCGAGCAAAGUCAAACCAAAUAAGGCACACGAAGCUGUGGCAGAUUUCCAGAAGCGCAAGAUAGCGGAAGGUAAAAGGGUGUCGAUCGUCACGCAAAACAUAGAUGAUCUGCAUCAAAAAGCUGGGGCGACAGAGGUACUGGAAUUACAUGGUUCACUUUAUAGAACACGCUGCACCAAAUGCCGCAACGUUGCUGUUAACGAGAACAUUCCCAUCUGCCCAGCACUAGCAGGAAAAGGAUCUCCUGAUCCGAACAUUAUGUCUUCUGAUAUUCCAAUAGAAGAAUUACCACAUUGCGAAAUCAAAGAUUGUGGAGCGUUACUGCGACCUGACAUUAUAUGGUUCGGAGAACAGUUAGAUGCAAACGUGCUGGAGAAAGCCUAUGACAUUGUGGAAACGUGUGACGCUUGCCUGGUUAUUGGAACCUCUGCAAUCGUAUAUCCAGCCGCUAUGUUUGCACCGCAAGUCGCGCAACGUAAUGUACCAGUUGCAGAGUUCAAUAUAGAGGAAACACCAGCCACAAAACAAUUGCAAUAUCACUUCCAAGGUCCCUGUUCUAUCACUGUGACAGAAGCACUGGCGCCUUAAAAGAGUAUAUAUAAUAAAAUAAUUGAGCUUUUAUAAUAUAAAAAAUGAUUACCUCACAAUAGCAUACUUCUGUAUUCAAUCCAAUUCUAUUUAAGUAAUUCAACCAUAAUGUUUGUUUGGUUGAUAGCGUAUCAUUCGGACCUUUCACUUCUAUAAUUUUGUACUAAAAAAUAUAUUAGGUUAUAAUUUUAUGGAAUUUACGUUUUCAAAUUAGAAUAGAAGGUAUUAUUAAGACCUAUUUUAUAUGAGCUUCUUAAAAUUGUACAUAGAAAAAAAAGAAUGAUUUACCUGUUUUGUAUUUAUAUUCCACACAAUUAUAUCUGGAAAACCAGCUUUCCAGAGUGAAAA